UUAAACCUGUCCCUUCUUCUCCAUACAUUUAUUUGACUUUCUGUCAAAAAUGUUAUCUUUAAAUUUUUUGUUCAUUUCCUAGCCCAAAUAGUAACACAAUCCCCUGAAGAUUUCCAUAUUUUCCCUUUUUUAAGCACCAUUUAACAUCCACAGUUUCCGUAAUAGUACUGCAUGCACGGCAAAAAGCCUAAUAAAUUUUUUCUCAUAGGUCCCCUUCAUCUUCUCCUUUACUCUUCUUCCAUAUCUAUUUGUAUUAUUAUAUCUAUAUAACUGUUAAUGCAUCAAAAAACCCUGUAAGUAAAUAUAUUGAUGGCACCUGCAAGGACCUACCUACUACUUAGUUUCAGGGUGGUUGUUACUGCAGCCCUCAUUCUUAUCUUUUCUACAGUAGUCUCACAUUCCAUUCCAGGUUAUGAUGGUGAUCAAGGCGUGAGACAGAACAAGAGAGUAAUAGGAUCAAGGCCACCAGGGUGUGUGAACAAGUGUGUGAAUUGUAGGCCAUGUCAGGCGACUUUGGUUAUUCCUCCACAUCCAAAGAUGAUUAAUUACAGGGCUCAGUCUCAUUGGGAAGAUAAUUACUAUCUUCUUUCCUGGAAAUGCAAAUGUGGUGACAAACUCUUUCAACCUUAAUUCAUCAUACUGUAUUAUUAUUAUUAUUAUUAUUAUUAUUAGUCGAGUAUUAAUUACUCUAUUGUGUUACAUAAUAACUACUACUACUAUUUGGCAGAGGAAACCUUAGAUUCAGGCAAUAACUAUUUAUGUGAUUAUAUGUCUCCUAGUCUGAUCAAGUUGAGUAUCUACUUUGGUGUUAUUUUGUUUUAGUAUUAAUUGAUUGCAAAGUCUUUGUGACA